ACUAGUGGGCCCAGCCGGUGCUACCCUGCUGCUGCUGCCCCCGUCAGACACACAGAGGAUGAGGCCUGCCAGUCCUGCCCCGAUUAAUCCAUCAUUUGCCCGGGGCGGUUAGCAUGGUCCGGGCCAUGGAUGCACCGAUCGCGCAUUUCGACGACGACCGGCCGAACUUGGCGGACGUGACCGCGGGUUCGGUACCGCAGCACGGCCGAGCAGGGGUCAGCCCCGCCGCGGGGGAAGCGGUGGCUCGGCUCCUCCAGGAUCAGGAUGAUCCUCCAGGGCGGGCUGACAGCGACGGUUCCCCGGAGGAAUCCGGUGUGUGCAGCUCCAUGGAGGAACAGGUUAAUGGAGCGGAUGGGAAGUUAUCGGCAUGCCUCGGAAAUGUAAAACCGGAGAGGAUCGGUCCAGUGAGUGUGUUCACGGAGGAGACGCUGCUGGAGAAAGACGAGAUCUGGAACGCCCUCGCCUGUAACUACGGCCAGGCCGUGCCGGUGGAUUGGCGGCAGUCUCGGACGCGCUCCCUCUACAUCUCCACGUUUAACCUUGAGGAGAGGCCGAGAGAGACGGACGAUGCGGUGGAGCUGUCCGACGAGGACGAGCUCAGGGAGCAGCUGGACAUGCACUCCAUCAUUGUCCCCUGUGUGGACCAGGAGCCCCUCGUCACGGCGGAGCAGGUCAUUGAGGAGAUCGAGGAAAUGAUGCAGGACUCGCCCGAUGCGGAGGCAGAGAGGAAUCCCUCCCAGUCGGAUCUGUCCAUGCUCUCCGUGGACAUCCGGCGGAGCAGUCCCGGCUUCGAGGACAGGCUGAGGUCGCUGAGCGCUGCUGAGCUGCUGGAGCGUCUGACGGAGACGGAGGUGAACAUCAGGAGGUUCUCUGAGGAGCUGGUGCAGCAGCUGGCCGUCAGAGACGAGCUGGACUUCGAGAAGGAGGUGAAGAACAGCUUCAUCUCGGCGCUCAUCGACGUGCAGAACCGGCAGAAGGAGCACAGGGAGUCGCUGAGGAAGAAGAAGAAGCUGAAGGGCGGAGCCGGAGCAGCUCAGGGUCUGGCAGAGAGAACACCUGGAUCACGCUUCAGCAUGGACGGCCUCUCCUCUGUUAUUCAAAACAGCUUCCGGCAAACAUUUGGCAGUGGCUGCAGCGACAGACAGUAUUUGACCACAGUCAUUCCCUAUGAGAAAAAGGGACUACCUCCGUCGAUUGAAGACCUCCAGAUCCUGACGAAAAUUCUGCAAGCUAUGAGAGAUGACAGCGACAAGGUGCCUGGUCUCUUGACGGACUACAUCCUCAAUGGUGAGCGUCUCUCUCCUCUGAUUCCACCCUGUGACCAUUGAUGACCAGCUCUGUUUUAUCUGAGAUCUCCAGUUGUUGUUGAGCAAAAUACAAUUUCUUAGUUCCACAAUUUAUUUUGCUUCACAUUUAGUUUUUAUUUAACAAUGUAACAGUCUUUACUUUUCUUUAAGUUAGUAGUUACUUUUAGGAACAUACCAGGUAAAUUUCCAGAACCUACUAAUAAAAACACACCCAGUAAGUUCUGAUUAUUAAAUACCCUCAUUUCUAAACUCUGAAAAAGUAACUUCAUGAAUGUUUCAGAUAAAAUUACCAGUUCCAUUAUUCUUGUGGAAAGUAACAUCUAGGCUCAGGGAGAGAAAACUGUUUUCAAGAGUUUUUAGACUAACAGUCUGAAGAGUCUGUUUUUAUACCUUACCUUUCUGAGUCAAUACCAUAUUUUGACUGCAAUUUUAACUUUAACACUUUUAAGGCGUCUCGCUACCAGUUUUCACAUCUAGAGGCUGAUGUGAAGUCAGUCUGGUCAUAAAAGCUCAAGUUCAGCAAUGUUGGACAAAGAGCGUCUCUGAAUGUUAAUCAGCAAGUCAUGCCAUAAUUCUCAGAUAUAACUGGGUAAAGCUGUGACACCAGUUUAGAUGUUGGUCAAUGUUUGUAGGGUUUUCAUUUGUGCUGCAGUUUUAUGGAUAAUUGACUGAACAGAGCCACAUCAAAUUUUCAAAGUUUGGGGUUUAUUUUAUUCUCCACAGCUUUCUUCCUGACCUGUUUGUGGCUUUCCCUGCACUUCGUCAUGCUGUUUGUUCACUAAUGUUCUUUAACAAACCUCUUGAUAGUUUUCCAGUAUAACUGUUUGUUUUACAAGAUGAAACUACACAGUUUUCUUUGAGUUGGUCUCACAUAAAAUCCUAUUAAGAUAAAGUACAAUUAGUGGCUGAAAUGUGUAAAAAAGAUCAAGUGUUGCAAACACUUCAGGAAGACACUGUAUGCAUCCUUGAAAAGACUCCAGACGUUUCCAUGUUUCCAUGCUGCAGUUAUGUGACUCUGAUAUUGAGAAGUUCAAAAACUCAGAGUUAGAGUAAAUGAUCACAGUGUGUAUCUCAGAGGGGUGGGAAAUCACACAGUGUGUCUCUGUGUGUGUGUGUGUGUGUGUGUGUGUGUGUCCUUUAUCCCACCUUCUUUUGUUAGUUGUUCUGUUGACACUGCUUGUUCCAACAAGCCCAACUCGUUCUCGUGGUCCGCUCCUGGUUCUCCUGCUUCUAUCACUCUGCAGUUAUGCUGGGAUGUUUCUUACGAAUCUGCUUUUGCAGUCGGCUUUUCUGCUUUUUCCAUUUCCUGUAAGCUUCAUGUUUUUCGCCUGUAUUUAUUGCCUGUCUUUGUCCCACAUGUUCUCCAUUUCUCCUCUUCUUACUUGUUAGCCUUUGGUUUUGAUUUAAAUAGUUAUGAGUCAAAAUGAAUCUGUGUGGCCCAGUCUUAGUAAGAACAAAUAGAAACGGACAGGAAAAGAUCUGGAAACGUGAAAUAAUCUGAGUUUGUGUCUUCUGUCUCUUCUCUUCGAUCUUUUCAUUGUUGUUUUUUUGUCUUUCUCCACUUCUCAUGUUCUCUUCACAAUCUUACGCUGCUUUACU